AUGCACCCAGACUCUCAGCUCCAAGAUGCAGUUACCAAGGGUUUCGAUCCCAAACUCUUGUACGACCCUAAUCUGGAUCAUGUCGACGAGCCCGUCCGAUCGAUCCUUGAGGAGUAUAGCAAUAUCCCCGCGGACAAGAUCUUAGAACACGUUCGUCAACUGAGAGAUCGAGCAUUCGCCAUCUUCCCCUAUGCCUGCGUCGGAAAGUUUUCCUUUCUCCAGCUGAGCAUCGCAUCUUCGCCCGCGUACCCUGAGAUUCUCCGCCGGGUCAAAGCAGGAGACAAAUUGUUGGAUCUUGGAUGUGCGUUUGGGCAGGAACUUCGCCGCUUGAUCUACGACGGUGCACCCUAUUCAAAUCUCUAUGGAAGUGACCUCCGUCCUGAAUUCCUUGAGCUUGGCUGUGACCUGUUCCUUGACCAUGACAAGAUGAAGGAACAACUCAUCGGCGCCGAUAUCCUAGACGAAAACUCCAAUCUGAUGGGACGGCUCAUGGGGCAACUUGACAUUGUCUACAUCUCUUUGUUUCUCCACGUGUUUGACUGGGAGAAGCAGGUUGAAGUGGCUAAGCGUGUACUCGACCUGCUUGCUGCGAAGCCAGGGUCAAUGAUCGUGUGUCGCAUCAUGGCAUGUCGGGACCAGACCCUGGUAAAUGCCACACUGGCCCGCAUGCCAUACUACUAUCAUGAUUUGGCGAGUUGGAACCGCCUGUGGGAGAGGAUUAAGAGUGAUACAGGCUUACAACUUGAUGUGGAAAGUUGGGAACAGCCGGAUGAGUUGGCGGCAAAGCAUCCUGUCGAGGGAGUCUAUGUUCUUGGUUCCUCUGUUAGACGAACUUAA